AUGUCGGCAUCAAAUGAUCGUGGUAAUGGACAGACGCCGCGAAACUCGGCGGGACCAAGCUCCAGUCCAGCCAAAACACCUUACAAUGCGCUAUUUAAACUAUCGAGACUAGCUGGCGCUCCUUCAACCCCGGCUCAACAGAAUGCUGCCUAUUUUAACUCGAACCGACCAUCGGUAUCCCGGACUGGCCGGCGGAAUUCAGGAAUAACGCCGUCCAGAGCAAGGGGAGGUGACCGUAUACCAGUAACACCUCAUGCGAUCCGAGCAUUCCAGAGGCGCGCAGCUACAUAUACUCCGGGUCGAGAUAGACGGAAGAGCCAGCGCUUUAAGCGGGAGACGCCAAUGGAUAUAUUAAAGAACUUGGGGAAAGUCCUCGCACCAGUAUCUAAGACGGUAUCUUCUUCUCCACCAGCUGAGCCGGAGGAAGAGUCAGAGUCAUCAGUAGACGAGAUCGAUGAGCUGGACAAGGAGCCUCCUAUUCCUCCCCCUCGUCUUUCAUUGCCGCUCAAUGAAAUGACUGUGGUUCAGGAUGACGAAGAUAACAGCCCGGAGAUGCCACCGCCCAGAUUGUCACUUCUCCCCGAGGACGAGGACGUUACGCGAGGAUCUAUUGAACUGCCUAGAAGAGAGAGGUCAGCGCGCGAUCUAGCUAGGCUGUCAAGGGUAAGCUUUGCUAGUAACCGGUUCAGCGACCACUUCGGAGACACAACGAACAUUGAAGACCCCGGAGAUGGGCUAGACUUUCGUGUUGGGCAAGAAGAUGACUUCGAUGAGGAUCUGGAUAAUACGACCGGACAGCCAAUGUUGGAUGCUGGGGGUGAAACCGAGGAUCUGGGCCGUUUUAACCUCGAUUUUGCCUUUCCAACUCCAGAGGCGCCUCACACUAUGCCAAUUGAGAACGAGAAUGAACAAGACACAUUCGAGUUAGAUGCAGUGCCGCCAGAAUUCGGGGGUCCAGAUAGUCCAUCGUCAGGCAGUGAUUUCGGGGCCGGCGGAUUUGAGCCGGCCAUGGAUGAUAUGCUGUCCAACAGAGGAACACCGGGACCCAGGGGGGACGAAGAGCAGCAGCAGGAGGAGGAGGAGGAGGAGGAAGAAGAGGUGAACAUGGAUCAGGAAGACCAGCCUGAACCACCACAGAAGAAGCAAAAGUUGUCCAAACAUGGGAUUCCGGUGCCAAGCCUGCCUUCGGGAGUCGUAAAGAAGCUGGCGAUGCGGUUUGCUAGGUCUGGCAAUAGGAAAACAAGGAUCACCAAGGACACCAUGGCUGCGAUCCAGCAGGCAACCGAUUGGUUCUUUGAGCAGGCAAGCGGGGAUCUGUCGACUUACUCCAAACACUCUGGCCGUAAAACAAUCGACGAAACGGAUGUCAUCGCUCUCAUGAGAAGGUAA